AAGGAAAAUUAAAAAAAUAUUUAAAUUCAGUUCCUCAGUGUGACCACUAGAUGCUUCCUGAACACUCCGCACAGGAAAACUUCAUAAACCUGCAGCCAAGAUGUCGCAGGCGUCUGGGGCGUGUUGUGAGACAAAGUGGGUGCGGGAACAUCUUUCUGGGAGUGUCAAUGGAAAUCUGCAUGUGACAGUGCGGAGACAAUCAGAUGGCCGCAGGAAUGUGGAGUUGUGCAAAGACUGCAAACUGUACCACUGUCCCUUCUGCCUGCCGUCCGUCUACAAACCAAAAGGAGACUAUGCAAGUGUUUGGACACAUGUAGAAAUCCACAGGAUGAGGGCCUUGCAACAUGGAGAGUUUAAUAUUUAUAUAUGCAAUUUUAAGUGCAGACAAGAGAAACAUUUUCACUGUCCGUACUGCUCAAAGACAAUUAUAAACCGGAAACAGUUUGAAAGUCAUAUGGACAAAUGUGUGGAAGUGCAACGUUACACCACAGACAAAGGCAUCAAGUCUGCUGCUUCAGCUGGGCCAGCUACCACAACCAUCCUCCUGCUCAACUUCACGCCCCCUUUACAGCAAACUAUCUGGGCGGGAAAGUCCCCUGCUCCACCUGAUCCCCCUGCUCAGCCCAAAUCCAAACCAGACCCCCCACGUGAACCAAAGUCUGAAUCCGACCAGCCUCCUGUUUCACCUGAGCACCUUGUUGAACCCACAGCUGCAGCUGCCCAGGCUGCUGCUCCACCUGACCCGCCUGUCCCAGUGGACCACCCCUCGUCUUUAACAGGCCACUCUGUUAAGCAAAAAGCUCAGAUAGUCAAAACAGCAGGGAGAAGAAUAAAAUGUCCAAUGUGCAACCUCUACCUGCUCAAACAAAAUCUAAGGCUGCAUAAACUCAGGAAACACUUUUGUCAGUCGAUAUCGGAGAAGAACAUAACAACCAAAGACAAUCUUAGAAGUCAGUGUAUUGACUCUCACAAUGGCAUCUACGCUGUUGCAAAGUCUUACAAGGCCACCGCCAUACCAGUUCAUGUCAGGAAGAAAUCAGGCAGCAUGCACAAAAUGGCGUGUGAAGAAGACCCGUGCGAUGUCGUUCUGGAUGUUCGAAAAAAGAGCGGCUUGACUUACAGCCAGUGCCCUCAUCUUCAGUCUGUUGACUUUUGUUUUUCUCAUGCAAAAAGAGAAGAUUUGAAACCUGCAGUGUUGGAGGAAAUGGUUUCCAGUAAAUUGAUUGGAAAGGACAUGGCGGCCAAAUGCCUCAACCAUCAGGAGCAAGCGACUCAGAACAAAGCCCCGGUUGUUACUCUUGUGAAUCUCGGUGGAUAUCAUUGCCUGUAUCUGUCUGUGUUUGAGCCCAAAGUGUCACAGUACAGCAUGCUAGGCAGAUUGUUCGUGACCUAUACUUUAAAGAGAGGGUUGUGGCAUUGUAGGUGUUCUCAAGGGAGAAUGACCUGCAUUCACAAAUCCCUGGCCAAAUGGUACCUCUUCCAAACCAACAGAGAGUUGUAUUCUUCAAAUGCCAAACACGACAUAGGGCUAGAGCUUUCCGACGUCAUGGAAGACUCACCUGGAGAAACCUCUACAGAAGAUCUAACAGAAACUGUGUAUCCACUGAGGGAUGAUGGGCUAAAACAAACUGCAAAGUACAUCUACAACAAUAAAAAACUGCCUUCCACAUUGCCAGAAGAGAUCCCCCAGUGUGAGUCUGAAAUAGACUUUCCAAAGCAUUUGGUUCCAGUUCAAACUGUCUGCCAAGAGUGUCCAGGUCACGUUUCCCUAACAGAGCCGAUCCUGAUCACCAACAAAGCACGAGUCAUAACUUUAACAGGAGUGAUGGAAGAAAAUUCUACAUUUGUCAAAAAUUGUCCGGACUGUGGAUUGGUCUACCGUUACCAGGAGUGGAGUGAAGGUCUUCACAAUUACAAUGACCACAUAAUCCUGAGUCUGCCGCUGUGCAAGCUUCUGCAGAACUCAAUCAAGAAUGACACUGUUGUCGAUGGAGUGGUGGAGGUGCUGGAGCGGACAGUAGGUGUCAAGUCUCCACAAAGCAUGGAGGUCCUUCAGGCAUACGUCCACUUUGAAGCUCUCACAAGUCACGACUGUCAGUCUGGAGUCAUGAUGGAUCUUUAUCAAAAGGGGCUUUUCAACAUGGCAGGGAUUGAGAUUCAGGGCCUCCCUGAAAUCUUUACUGGAGAAGUGAACGCAGAGGAAUUCUGGGACUCAGCGUGCAUGGAGAUAAUAGCAAGCAGCCUCGUUACUCAAAGUUCUACCUAUAUUGCCACGUUAGACCGUAACAAAGAAGCUGCAGUGUCUGCAGUCACAACCCCCCUCAACCCGGCUGAAAGAAGGAGGCUGAGCAGGCAGAGAACAGAGGAGUGCCACAGGGCUGUGACCAGGUAUCUCGUGAAGGAACUUCAUCCACUGUCCACAGUGGAGUCACCCUGUUUCAGAGAGAUGACAAAAAUGCUGAACCCGAAGUACCAGCUGCCUUCUAGAGACCAAGUCCUAAACACUCUGAUUCCUUCAUGGUACUCUGAGGAGAAGAAACGUGUCAUCAAAGAGCUGCGUCAAGUCUCUCAGGCUGCAGUCACAUGUGACUGGUGGACAAGUUUUUACCACGACCACUACCUGACAGUCACUUUACACUUCAUAGUGAGAGGCCAAAUGAAGCAGAAAGUGCUUCGUACAAAGCCAGUUUACGACGCUCAGACAGACAGCGUAGAGGCAGAGCAGAUAGGUGGAAUACUGGAGGAGUUUGGUGUCCUGGACACAGUUGUUGGCAUGACCGGUGAUUGUGCAUUCAGUAUGGACAUUGCCAUCAUGAAAUCAGAGCUUAGGAAGCUGAGAUGUUUCGCACAUACACUCAGUCGAGCUGCACAGAAGGUGUACACCAGCAACACUGUGACCAGAUGGGCUUCAAGGAUAAGAGCUGUCGUUGUGUGGAUUAAAAGGUCUCCAGCAGCUCAAACACUUCUUCAGGAGAAACAAAAGCUGUUGAAUCUACCUCAACACUCUUUAGUGCUUGAUGUCCGAACACGUUGGAACUCAUUGUACCUCAUGAUGGAGAGGUUUGCAGAGCAGUAUGCUGCCAUACAAGCCGCCAUCACACAUCCACAGACCAAACAGGCUUUUGAGAAGGAAUGGCUGGAAAUGCUCUCAGACGAUGAUCAACGGAAAGCAGAGGAGUUCACCCGGGUCAUGAAGCCUCUGUAUACGUCCACGCUAUGUGUCUCAGCUGACAAGAGUCCAUCUUGUAGUCAGAUCAUUCCCAUCCUCAAAAAACUGGAGGCUCACUUUGAAACCCGGGAUGACGACUCUCUGUUCACAGCCACGCUCAAGGAAAAAGUCUGGGAUGACCUGUCAGCAUGUUACAAGGAUGAUGAUACUUGGAAGUUCCUCCAGGAGUCGAGUGCUAUGGAUCCGAGGUUCAAGAACCGAGUUGACUCAGAUGAGAUUUGGAACAGAGUGAAAAAUGCUGCUGUGAGGAUCGCAACAGAGGGGGCGAAUCAGGAGGAGCACAGAGUUUUGCUGGAGGACAGUGAUGCUGCUGAUUCAUCUGAGCAAAACGAGUCUUCAGAUGAGGCUCCGUUUCCCAAAAGGCCGAGGUUAACCAGCCUGGAGGAGCUCUUUGAAGAGGAGGACCGAGCUCUGAAGAGCAGCAAAGCAGCAGAAAAGACAACAACACCUGAAAGGGUCCAACAAGAAAUAGAGCUGUACAGAAAGCUGCCUGCAGUACCGUCAUCAGAGGACGCUGUGGCCUGGUGGUGGAAGAGACGGGACUCCAUGCCGCUCCUGUCUCAACUCUCCCGCUCAUACCUGUGUGUCCAAGCCUCGUCUACUCCCCGGGAGAGAGUGUUUGGCGCGGCAGGGGAAACAAUCAGCCAAGAGAGGUCACACAUUCUCCCAGAACAGGCGGAUAUGCAGAUCUUUCUACAGAAAAAUUGUUAAAACCAAAAACCAAUUAGCACACUGCAAAAAAGGUGUGUCUAAAAACAAGAUAAAAACACUAAAUCUGAGGGAAAUGAUCUUGCUGCAUGGACAGAUAAUUUCACUUGACAAGAUUUCUUAAAUUAAGAUUAUUAAAUCUAGAAAUAAGCAUGUUGUACGCUUAAAAUAAGAAUUAACUCUUAAAACAAGAUAAAUUAAAGCUGCAAUCAGCGAUGAACUGACCAAAGCAGAGUGCACUGCAAAUUAUUUGUUUCUUAACAAGAUACAAAAAAACUUUAGAUUUAGAAGUGUAAGAUAAUUUAU